AUGUCUUGGAAACUCACCAAGAAACUGAAGGAGACCCAUCUGGCUCCCCUGGCCAACACCUUCAGCCGUUCCUCCUCCACGUCCACCAUCGUCCCAGAGCAGCCGAAGCAGUCGAGCACGCCCAGCAGCACAACUAGCCUGGAUUCGAGAGAUCCCAAUGGCAUAGCUGCCUCUGAGGCCAAUGCAGUUCCUCCACCGCCGCCAUUGAAGCCGGGUAUCCUGAUCGUCACUCUCCAUGAAGGAUCCGGGUUUGCCCUGCCGCCAGGAGCGGAGGCAGCGUUUGCGGGAUCAGGCCACCACCAGGGAUCCCUAUCAACAGGCGGCGGCUUCUCUGUCGCAGGAUCCAUGCGGCCAAGCUCUGGCAACGUAGGCUCCUACAUGGGCUCUGGCCGGCCGCAGUCUGCGGCAGGUGCCAUUAACGCCGCCCCGACUGUGCAUGGCCGAUACUCUUCGAAACACCUUCCUUACGCGCUUGUGGACUUCGACAAGCAGCAGGUCUUCAUCAACGCCGUGUCUGGAACGCCGCAAAAUCCCGUCUGGGCGGGGGACAACACGCAGUACAAGUUCGAUGUCUCCCGUGUGACAGACCUCGCCUUGUCGCUCUAUAUCCGCAACCCGAACGCGUCGCCGAACGCUGGCCGUAGCGAAGACAUCUUCAUUGGCACGUGCAAGGUGAAUCCGAGGUUCGAGGAGGUCAGGCAGUACGUCGAAGACCCAAAGAUGAGCAGAAAAGAUAAGGAGAAGGCUGCUGCUGCCCAUGCUGAGCAAGGGCGAAACUUGGGCCAGAGCGGCGUUGAAUGGAUCGACAUUCAGUAUGGAUCUGGCGCUAUCCAGGUUGGUGUGAGGUUUGUUGAGAGUCGGCUGAAGUCUCUCAAGAUCGAGGACUUUGAGCUGCUGAAGGUCGUCGGAAAGGGCAGCUUCGGCAAGGUCAUGCAGGUCAAGAAGAAAGACACGCACCGGAUAUACGCACUCAAAACCAUUCGCAAGGCACACAUCAUCUCGCGCUCUGAAGUUGCGCAUACUCUAGCGGAGCGCUCUGUGCUGGCACAGAUCAACAAUCCCUUCAUUGUACCCCUGAAGUUCUCCUUCCAAUCUCCUGAAAAGCUCUACCUCGUCCUCGCAUUCGUCAACGGUGGCGAGCUUUUUCAUCAUCUGCAGAAGGAACAACGCUUCGAUAUCAAUCGCGCACGUUUCUACGCUGCGGAACUGCUGUGCGCGCUGGAGUGUCUCCAUGGCUUCAACGUCAUCUACCGCGACCUGAAGCCCGAGAACAUCUUGCUCGACUACACCGGCCACAUCGCAUUAUGUGACUUCGGUCUCUGCAAGCUGGACAUGAAAGACGAGGAUCGAACGAACACAUUCUGUGGUACCCCCGAGUAUCUCGCACCGGAACUACUCACUGGCGGCGGUUACACCAAGACGGUCGACUGGUGGACGCUUGGUGUCCUCCUGUACGAGAUGCUGACGGGACUGCCGCCCUUCUACGAUGAGAACACGAAUGAGAUGUACCGCAAGAUCCUCACAGAGCCGCUGCACUUCCCGGGUCCAGAAAUCGUCCCCCCAGCAGCGCGCGACAUCCUGACCAAACUCCUCGACCGCAACGCGGAGCGCAGACUCGGUGCAAACGGCGCCGCGGAAAUUAAGGCGCACUAUUUCUUCCACAGCAUCGACUGGCGUAAGCUGCUGGAUAGGAAGUACGAGCCGAGCUUUAAGCCGAACGUGGUCGACCAGAUGGACACGGCAAACUUCGACCGCGAAUUCACCUCCGAAGCACCGACGGACUCUUACGUCGACGGCCCGAUGCUGAGCCAGACGAUGCAGCAGCAGUUCGCGGGCUGGUCUUACAACAGACCCGUAGCAGGCCUGGGCGACGCUGGGGGCAGUGUCAAGGACCCCUCGUUUGAGGGCUCGGUCAGAUAG